CUCAGCUUGAGCCACCGGUGGUCCAGGUGGUGGUCAGCAAUGCCAAAAACCAACACCAGCAGUCGGACAACAUCCUGCCCCAAAUUGCCAACAAAGGGGGCCAAAACAACUAUCAGACACACCCGGAUGAGAGGCCGAAGCCCACCCAGCAGUUCGCCAUGCGGUUUGGUGCAGCAAUGGAUAAAGUGUCAGUCUCCCGCAACAGCAAGAUUAUCAGCAACAAGCUGGACAAAGAGAGGUCAUAUGAGGGACAAAGGUUACCCAUGUCCCCCAUAGAGGCACUGAAGAACUUCCAGGAGCGGCUGACGGAGUUUGAGCAGGAAGAAAUCAUGGACUACGCAGAGAUCUGGUUCUUGGGUCUGGGCUCUCAGAAGCUAGAGGGCUCCCAAGGUGCACCGCAGAACUCUGGAUAUGAUGACGAGCAUGGAAGCUACAUCAGGGUGCUGCACGACCACAUUGGCUACAGGUUUGAAGUGCUUGAAGUGAUUGGGAAAGGCUCCUUUGGGCAGGUCCUGAAAUGUCUGGACCACAAGACCAAUGAACUCGUAGCCAUUAAGAUGAUUCGCAAUAAGAAAAGGUUUCAUCACCAAGCUCUGGUUGAGUUGAAGAUCCUGGAUGUAAUAAAGAGGAAAGACAAAGACAACCUCCACAACGUUAUCCACAUGAAGGAGUACUUUUACUUCCGAAAUCACCUGUGCAUCUCCUUUGAGCUACUCGGGGUGAACUUGUACGAGCUCAUCAAAAAAAACAACUUCCAGGGCUUCAGUCUCGCUCUCAUCCGUCGGUUUACCCAUGCUCUCCUCAGGUGCCUGCAGAUGCUGCACAGGGAGAAGAUUAUCCACUGUGACCUCAAACCGGAGAACAUCCUUCUGUCUCAGCGAGGUCCAGGGAACAUCAAGGUGGUUGACUUUGGAUCAAGCUGUUAUGAACAACAAAGGGUGUACACCUACAUCCAGAGUCGCUUCUACCGCUCUCCAGAGGUCAUCCUGGGUCACCCCUACAGCAUGGCCAUUGACAUGUGGAGUCUGGGUUGCAUCCUUGGUGAACUCUACACAGGCUAUCCUCUCUUCCCUGGAGAGAGCGAAGUGGAGCAGAUAGCUUGCAUAAUGGAGGUUCUUGGAAUGCCUCCAAAUGAUUUUGUUCAGUCAGCAUCCAGGAAGAGGUUGUUCUUUGACUCAAAAGGAAACCCAAGGAACAUCACUAACAGCAAGGGGAAGAAGAGGAGACCCAACUCCAAGGAGCUGUCAACUGCGUUGAAAACCAAUGAUGCUUUGUUCUUAGACUUUAUCAAACGCUGCCUCACUUGGGAUCCAACCAAGCGUAUGACCCCUGAUGAGGGGUUACAGCAUGAAUGGAUCCUGGAGGGAAAUUUCAACAAAAUCCGGCCUAGAGCCAGGCCAACAGCAAAGAAGACCUCCGACAGUUUGACCAGCACAGAGAAUAGCAGUGAGCACAGUUUCCGCAAACAAGCUAACGGCAAGCCUGUGGAGAAGGCCGGCUUACAGAGCAGCACUACUGACAAGCUGAAGAGAGACGGUUCAGCAACAGGAACUAAGAUGGCCCCUGCCGAGCGUUUGCGGCCCAUCGGGGCCUCAGCAGAGGAGGAGGUGUAUGAGAAUGAGGGCAAGCUCUCCAAGGAUACCAAGCAGCAAGAAGGAGGUGGAGAGAGGCCUGUUCACAUCAUCAUCAAGCCUCAAGAGGAAGUGGGCACAGAGAAAAAAGAAAGCCAGGAACCGUCUCAGUGUUUGCCCCCUAUCAUCUAACAGUCAAAAGGAAUCGUGCUGCGUUCAUGACAUGUGGGAACUGGGGAUGUCCCACUUCCCACCUGAGAGUAACCAAGUUUUUGAAGUGUAAGCAAAUGGAUGGUUGAAUCUGUAAGGCAUUGCACACACAGAAAAUUAAAAGAUCCCUUUUCUCUUAUUUGCGACAAACUCUGUCAUGUUGCUUGUGUGUCUACAUGACGUCACAAAACAACAUGUUAGAGCACAUCAAGUCUGAGUUUUGGAUUUUAAGUCUUAAAACAGAUCAAGUGGAUGUUUCCUGCUGACAGGAAACAAACCAGUUCCCAUGUGCCAUGAACAAAUUAUUGAUGACACACUGAUCAUCAGCAUCUUCUAUUUAUUGUUUUAAGUAUACGGUUAUAGAGUAUUAUUUCUUUCUGUGGAACUUUGAGUUUGUAUAACAGUGAGGUCAAUCAACCAGUUGUACUUUUUUAUAUAAAGGAGUUAAGAUGCAGUUACAGACAGGCAUUAUGUUUAAAUGUGUCACAAUUGAGAAAUCAAGUUACAAUACAUAGUGCAGCACUAACUUUCUGCUGUCACUGUUUAUUGAACCCAAUCUUUGCUGUGCAUUGACAUUUUUGAUAAACAGGUUAGACUUUCAACAAUUUUUACUUUUCUCACUUUCCAUGUUAAAAGUAUCUGAGUUUAAAAAGUGCGUGGGUAAAAAAUUGAUCAAAUCUUUGUUUUUGCUUUUUAUUUGUUUUUCUUUUAGACAUUUUAGCAUUACUUUCAUAAUGGUGAAAUA